CUUUGUCCGAUCGUUACAACAAAACAUUUCAUCCAAAGUGUGGUUUAUUGUUCAUUUGCGGCCGAAAAAAUUUCUGGAAUGUAUAAGCUUUGUUCUCACAUUGUAUUCCGAAUUCUAGUACUGUUCUACCUCUUUUCCCCCGACUUGAUCUUUGAUGGGAGUGGCGAAGAUCGUUGCGUGGCUGAGUCUGAGCGGACCAGCAGACACUGAAAUUCAGACCGUCCUGCGCUCCGUCGGCCCCGGGUGACCAAGCCAGCGCCUUCCACUAUUAUUUCCCGUUAUUUUUCUGUUGGCGUUUUAGUGCACUGUUGUGUUUGGUUUUCUUUUAGUGUACCCAUCUCCUUUAGUUUCUUUUUCUUUGGACAUCGAACAUGUUGAGAAAUCUUCAUUAAAUUACUGAACAGAAGGAGUGUUUUUAAUUCAAGAAUGAAGGCUUCCAGUUUUUGUGCAAUUUUGCUGUGGUUCUGCUGGCAGUUCAACAGCCUAAUUGAAGGAACGUAUUUGAAUGCUGAUGUCGGCCUUGGAAAUGAAGAUCUACUGUCGGUGAUUCAGAAAGAAAUGUCUGUGUUUACGAGGCAUUUGGAUGAUAUAGCAAUGCAUGAGUACCAUAGGUUACACAGAACUUCAGAGAGACACAGGUCCAAGCGAUCAUUUGAUUACAGACAUGGCUUCAGUCCGAACACUGGUGUUGGUAACAGGGAAGAUUCUGAGGUCCUCAAUCUUGAGAUGCUGUCCAAUACAUCAGUGUCGUCAACCCAGAGUGUCAAGGAGUGGGGCUUCCUUCAGACCAACAACGCAAGUUUGUUAGCUGCCCUCGUUGGCCAGACGUUGACCAUCUUUAAGCUACAGCUGAAUCAAACGGAUGAAACGCUCUCUCAUGUAGUAACUUUGCAAGAUGUGUCAAAAUUUGAAAUCUUCAAUCGUCCUAUUUGGGAAUCAGGCCACAUCGUUGACACUGACUACUGCCUAACCGUCUUCAAUACCUAUGGCUACAUGAUACACUACAAGGUGUCUCAAUUCGGCAUAGAGUACCAAAACGUAGUGGACUUGAGGACUCUGACUGUCAUUGAUCUGCAGCAUUUUUCAGUUAAUGCAAACCUAUACCUGGGAGUGCUAACCCAAAAUGGCUACCUAAGACUCUAUAUAUGGAGCAGUAGAUUCGAUCAAUUCAUAACAUCUGAGGAGCUAUCAGUGCCUACACUCUGCUACAACAUGCAAGCUUUUCACAUUUACGGCCGGUACUACAUUCUGGUCUCCGUCGGGCUGGGAGAGUCGGUGCUCUUAAAGUAUCAGAGUCGUCACAGUGCCUUCAGAGAGUACCAACUUUUAUUUUCACAGGGUUCAAAGAGAGUGAAAUACUUCUCAGAGUCGUACGAACAUUACGUUGUGUUUAUUGAUGACCAGGGUCUGACAUCCACUUUCUUCCAGUGGAAUGGGGUCGUAUUCCUUCAAAUGCAAGUCGUGGAUACAUUUGGAGCAAAUAGCUGGAACUCGAUCACAGUUCCAGGAGUAGAAGAUGGCACCCUCAUUAUUCUUGCAAGUAAUAGCUCCGCCCCUGAAGGGACGCACCCCUUCAUGACCUACAUGUACGAUACGGGAACCCUAGACUUUCAGUUCUGGAACCGGUCAUCUCUGUUGGCUGUUCUCAAUCCACCAGAAUACUACGAUGCCGUCAACAGCCUUUCAUUUUAUAUCGACUCAUCUGUGUAUCUGGCCGUUAGUGUGUCGAUGAAGUCCUCUGCCAAUGACCAGGGAAAUAUUUUUGAGAUCGCCUUCACUGAUGUUGUUGUGGCCGACCCUGUCGUUAUCGAGAACGUGGAACUGGAAGAGUUGAUGGCACAAAUAGAAAGCACUAUAACAACCAGGGAGGUUGAGUUAUUCCGGGCUAGGGAGGAAGUUGCAGACAGCGUGACGCUGGAUGGCGACCAAGAUGUCUUGAACAGCAAAAUAUUUCGGGACGCUAACAUCGACGAUGUCGACGCCAGUGAAAUUGAUGUUGAGGAAACCUUUCAUUUUCCGAGUGCAACCAACGAGAGUCUAGGUUAUCUUGUCAACCAGUCCAUUGCGCAGCAACAACAAGUGCAGGAAUGCCUGGAUUUUUUCGAUGGCAUUAUGAUGUUGAACACCACCCAGACCAUUAUUGGGUUGAAGACUAUCCAGAAUAUGACAAUAGAGGGCCCGCUAAACUCAACUUCCUUCACUUCGAGGCUGUUCAAUGAUGUGGACAUUGACCUACUAGAUGAGCAGGCAUUCAGAUUGGAUGUUCCUGACCAAGUCAUCAAUGGAGCUCUGACUUUCAGUGGGAAUUUAUCAUCGACGGCCAGCAUCGAUCUUGACGAUGGAUAUUUAGUGAAUGGCUUGGAUCUGUCUGAAGAUGUUGUCUUGACACAUGGAGAGCAAAGAAUCACAGGAUCGAAGAUAUUUCAACAAGAUACAACAUUUCUGAAAGACAUGGAUCUGGACUCUGGUGUUUCCCUGAAUGAGAUUGACCCAUCUGAGCAUUUAGUCACGUUGGAUGGCUCGCAUGUUAUCAAAGGUCAGCUGAAUUUCACUGACGUUGUUCAUAUUGAUGGUAGCAUUAUAACUGAUGGGUUGGUGGACGGAGUGGAUGUCAGCUUCAUGUGUGAAAAUGUCAUGACUAUAUCCACUAGUCAGACAAUCUCAGGCUCCCUUGUGUUCCAGCAAGCUCCGUUGUUCAAUACGGACGUAACAUACGAUGGUUUGUUGGGAAGAGUCAACAUUACACAUCUCAAUGAAGAAUCUGUGAAGAUCAAUGAAAAUACAGUGAUCACAGGGGAGAAGACAUUUGCAGAGGAUGUUUCAGUGGCUGGUGAUGUCACUCUUGGCACCACAGUCAACGAUGUGGAUCUACAACAGAAUGUUGUGCUGUUGAAUGCUAACGGUACCUUGGCUGGACCCAGGACCUUCACUGGACCAGUAACAGCAGCUGGUGAUGUAGAUCUUAAUGGAUUAGUGAAUAAAUUGAAUCUCACUCAGGAUGUUGUCACGCUCAAAGGUAACCACACCAUCACUGGAAAGAAGACUUUUGUUGACGGCAUAAAUGCAGAACAGUCCAUUAAUGUGACGGGGAAUGUUGAUACGGUCGACCUAUCGGCUUGGGCCAAUGAUGUGAUGAUGUUAUCAUCUGAUCAGACAAUUCAAGGUCCAGUGGUAUUCUUUGAUGAUGCAACGAUGGGAGCCAACCUUACAGUCGAUGGUCUCAUCAACGAUAUAGAUAUCCAGGCCUUGUAUAGGGAUACCUUCUUUAAUAUAUCCACUAUAGAGCAAUUGAUACUGGGGAGCAAAACCUUCACACAGCCAGUGACCGUCACAUCUGGGCAUAUCAUCUUCCAGGGCCUCAUCAACGGGCAUAACAUGACGGAAGACUUCCUCGACAAAUACUCCGAUCAGACUAUCACAGGAUCGAAGACCUUCGUUGAUGGCUUUUCUGCCAAUGCUGGUCUCAACGUGACUGGAUUAAUAGCCGGAAUUGACCUGAUGGCUCUGUACAUGAACUCACUACUUGAAUCAAGAGAGGCUCACCUUAGAGGUCAAAGGACAUUUUUAGGUGAUGUGACCAUCAUUGGUGCUGUGGAUGUUGCUGGCACAGUGGAUGGAAUUGACAUAGAUGCUGAUGUACUCACCGUCAAUGGGAAUCAAAUAGUCACCGGUAUUAAGAUGUUCCAAAGUCUUGUGGCCCACAAUGCAUCCGUUGAUGGGAAUGUGAAUGUACAGGCCUUAGUCAACGGACGGAAUUGGACAGAGUUUGUCGAGACAAGAGUGGAUCUGACAUCCGAUCAGGACAUAUACGUCAACCACAGCAUUACGGCCAGUAGUGUUACUGUUAAUGAUGUAGACAUCAUAGGGUUAGUCAACGGUGUUAAUCUAACAGCCCUGAUGCCUACCAUCAUGAGCAAGACCAAGGAGCAGACCAUCACGGGAGACAAAAUAUUCGCUGAGUUUAUUGUUCACGGUAACGUGACAUUGGGUGGAUACAUCAAUGGUGUAGAUUUAGACCAGUUUGUGUUAAGAGCUAUGCUCCUCAAAGGACCUCAGACAGUCACCGGGUCAAAGACAUUUGCAAAUCAAACAGCGCUUUUAGAGAGCUUGGAACUAACAGGACUUCUGGAUGGCGUGGACCUGGACUUCUUCAUGUCAGAUAUCAUAUAUCCUGACAAACUGACUAAAAUUCUUGGCACCAAGACCUUUUCAGAUGGAUUAUACGCCGAGCAAGAUGUGGUUGUGAUCGGUACAGUGGAUGGAAUUGACCUGAGCACAGAGGUCAUGACCCUGAAUACGGCUCAGAAUCUCACAGGUUCUUGGACUGUCACUAAGAACAUCAUGUCCACGGCACCAGAUACCAUAGUAACGGGUCUCAUCAAUGGCAUCAAUAUCGUUUAUCUCAACAACUCCAUUGUGAAGACAAUCGGUUCCCAGUUUAUCAGCUCACCACUGGUGUUUGUUGAAAAUCUGACUUCAAUGACGGACAUUACAGUCACUGGUCUUGUGGACGGAGUCGACAUCUCAGAACUGCGGCUCAAAGCGGUCAUGCUGUAUGAGCCCUUUGACCUCCGGGGGAACUUGACCUUUACUCAAGGUGUGACCUUUGAUGGUUAUAUGGAAGUGACUGGACUGAUAUAUGGGUUGAAUCUCUCUGGUUGGUACGAAGAUGUCGUCUUACUCCACACAAAUGAGGCUAUUUUAGGCAGCAAGACCUUCAUGAGUAACCUUACCAUUGUCGGUGAUUUCGCUGUUACCGGGGACAUUGAAGCAGAUACAGUCUUUGGAAGAAACUUUGAUGACUUUGUCUCCGAUGCUGUGAAUCUCACUGGGAAUGUUACAAUCACAGGAUCAAAAACUCUAGCAGGGACUCUGACUGCAGAAAGAACUGUGCUGGUAAUGCAAACUGUGGAUGGCAUUUAUAUUGAGGACAUAGUCACAAAGGAUGGAUAUCAGGUGAUAACAGGACUCAAGACGUUCACCCAAACGGUUACCUCCAAUAAUCAUAUCACAGUUACAGAGUUAGUGAAUGGAUUUGACAUCUCCGAUAUCUACGCUAGGAGCUUCAUGCUCGGUAUCUUCCAGAACAUCACGGCCAUCAAGGAGUUUGUUCAGGACCUCCAGACUGAUACCAUUAUCAUCCAUGGCUUAGUGGACGGGAUAGACUUAGAUCAGGAAGCAGUGACGCUGAACACCAGUCAGACCCUACAGGGUGCGAUCUUCUUCAAUUCCAUUACAACCAUGAAUGGUGAUCUGACAGUCACAGGUACAGUUGGUGGAGUUACCCUCUCGGACCUCAUGCAGGACCGAGCAACUCUCUCUGGGGACGAGGCUGUCCUCGGUCAACUGACGUUUCAGGGUCAUGUGACCUUCAGUCAGAAUGUGUCUGCCACCCUCUUUGAUGGGAUUUCAUUGUCGGGGUUGUGGAAACUGCAUAAGGAGCUGCGGGAUCGAGUCUGGAGCGAUAUUGGGAACUUGAUGCUGGUCGCAGAGGACCAGUGUAAAGCAAUAGAUAAGCUGCAGGAUUUAUAUGCUAAUGCUCUAGUCAUGUUGACUCACGUUUCUGAGAUACAAGAGAUUGGUUUCCGAGUUGAGAGCUUUGAAGCAUUUUUGUUGGACGGGGUUCAACAUCUGGCUCUAGCCAUCAACGCGGACAAUGUCCACAACCUGUGUGUGGAUAGCUACAUCUAUGUGUGGAAUAGCACGACCUAUACAUUCCAGGAAAAAGCUGCGUUCCCUUCAAACGGAGCAUAUCGCUGGCAUGCAUUUGUGAGUGGAGAGACGCAAUAUCUUGCUUUGGCCAAUGAGGGCAUCAAUCCGUGCUAUGGAGAAUCCAAUGUGACGAAUGGGAUCUUUUACUACGACGGCAGUCAGUUUGUAGAGCUACAGCAAUUGGAUGCCAUGGAGACCAGAGAGAUUGAUACAACGCAUAUCGGGACCAAGCUCUACCUCGUUCAGGCUAAUGCUAGAACCACCACUGAAUCCUACCUAUAUCUACAGGGAAACGACGGUCUCUUCCAUGGAGUACAAAACUUUACCCUUGGAGGAGCUACUUCCGUUGAGUUUGUUCACAUUGAGAAUGAUACGUUCCUUGUGUUUGCUGCAAUCGAUCCGGACCAAAGUCCCAUCUUUAUCUACAACCAUCAGAGCGGCCUGUUUGACCUUCAUCAGUAUGUACCCACCAGCUACGCAGCAUCAGUAGAGGUCUACAAUCACCAGGGCAACGUGGGAGUGAUAUUUGCCAACCACGCCCAGCGAUUAGCCAACAAUAAAAUAUCCUACAAUGUUCCAGUCACAGUGUACCACUGGUCAAAUUCGAGCGGAUCAUUCGUGCUUUUUGAGUCGAUAGAUUUCACUGGUGCAGUGGAUGUGGAUGCAUUCCAUGUGGGUCCAGACCUGUACCUUGUUAUUGUCAGUGAAUUCGAGCAGCUGGAACUAUUCAGACUUGAAGGUGUGGUGGGUUUUAGUCAUAUACUCUCCCUAGCUAGCUAUGGCGUCGUUUCUGUGGAGGUGUUUGAGAUGCCAGAUCUACCCCAAGUUGAGAAUCUUUUCUUUGCGGUGGCCGUUAAUCCACCCAGCGAGGACACGGUUUUCUCAAGAAUUCUCCAAGGAAAGCAGCUAGGGGAUAGUGUGAAGUAUAUUAGAGGACUGUGCAAGUUCGAUGCUGAAGAUUUAUUCCAUGGUGAUCCGAGCCUCUUAGAUGUUGAUUAAGACUUAGUACCGGAAGAGAUGCACAUGUACAGCAUGCACAGUAGCUACAUGUAUAUGGACAUUGGGAACGGUGAAAGUAGUGAUUCGAUGAAUAACUCAUGACGAAUGACGAUGGUAUUUUUCAUUGGAAGUGUAAGAUUCUGGAUGGAAGUGUAAAAAAAAUGUUUAGUUCAUCAAUGUAUCUUUUUAUCAAAUGGUGAUGCCAUGUCCAAGGCUUGUCUAUAUAGGUGCAAAAAAACAGGGUACAAUUUCAUAGAGCUGCUAAGUACAAGAAUUUGCUUAGCAUGAAAUGUUUGCCUUGAUAAAAACAGGAUUUCCCAACCUACAUUGUAAUUUCUACGUGAUUUUCAAGAUAAGCAUACAACGGCUGAAAACCAGUAACUAUAGGAAAUGCAACAAAAUGGAAAUUUGGUUGUAAUCCUGCUUUUAUCAUGGAAGAAAUUUCCAUGCUAAGCAGAUUUUCGUGCUUAGCAGCUCUAUGAAGUUGGGCCCUGGUCGACAUCAUGUCUCAAACUGCAUAUGGCGACAGCCUUCUUAAAAAUAUUAUCAGCUGGUAAAGUUGAAUAAGUACAAAAUGUAACUCCCACCCAGUGCCUAGUAGCCUCUGGUUUCUUUAUUGGUGUGAACAUAAGCCAGUCAGACAUCAUUAGUUUGGAAAGCUGAGUAAGGAACUUCUACCCAGUGCACUGCAGCCUUGGCGUGAGCUAAAUGGUACGGGCGAAUAUAGGAUUCCUUGUUCUGGGCUAGGAGGCCUUAAGCAAUCCUCUUUCCAACAGUCUACAGUUUGUCCAUGUGAUGCAUGCCUGGCUUAUGGUUACACCAUUACACAAUCUGGCACACUCGCAUCACCCUUAAUGUUGAAUAAGGAACUCCCAACCAGUACACAGUAGCCUUGUUUCUUUAUUGGUGUAACCGCUAGCCAGGCAGGCAGGGAGGCAUCAUGUAUACAAACUGCACAUUGCAACAGCCUUCUCAGUUCGGAAAGUCAAAUAAGUACUCCCACCCAGUGCACAGUAGCCUUGCUUUUAUUACCACAUGCGAGGCAGGCAUUAAGUAUUAUAUAAAGUCUUGUUACAUGUAGUUCAGAAAACUGAAUAAGGAACUCAUACCCAGUGCCCUUGGGAGGGGGAAUCUAUAAGUGGCCUAAGACAAUGCUCUUUACGAGAGUGUGCAGUUUUUGCUUGUGAUGCGUGCCUGGCUUGUGGUUACACCAAUGUAUAAGCUUGAGCACUCACAACACCCUUGUAUAAAACACUGUUACAU